AUGACUGACCAUACCCAACAGAUCCCUUCUAGGGAUUUUGACUCGCCUGAGGAAAGAACAGUCAGACAAUCCCUCGAACACUACCUUGCAUCGCAAAAACGCUGGGAAUUACCCAAGAUUGGAGCUUCAGACUACGGUAACAUUCGUCACUCACGCAACUCUGAUCCUCUGAGCAACUCAAAUACCCUCAUCACAGAGCUCAUUGGGUUGUUGGAUGCAGACGAAGAGUUUCCUAACGAGCGACCUCUGUCUGAAAUCUCAUCAACAAUCUCCGGAAACACUGGGUCCUCUGAUCUUUUAAUUGCUUCUGCUCUUCGCUUUGAUGAAGAACUGAAGCCCCGUGACUGUGACGAGAACGCAACUGCACUUCCUUCACCCCCGCUUUUUCCCUUACCAUUUCCCUCCUUUUCGCCUAUCCAACCCUCUGUUUCUUACUACGAUCUCCCUUCUCCUAAACAAAAUCUAGAUUCUACGUUCAGGAAAGGAAUUCGUGAUAAGGUUUCUCACCCUUCUCUCCCCUUUUCUCCCCAGACCUUUGCCAACAAAGAAACUCCCAUCAUCUCAACCUUCCAGCGCAAUAUUCCAGCCUUACCAGAAAUUAUCCACUUGCCCAUAUCUGGUCCUUCGCCGCUGUUGGCAGCUUAUCCAUCAUUGCAGCGCAGUACUUCAGUGAAAGCAGAAGUUAAGGACAGUUUCAAGGCCCGCCUUUCUAGAUUUAUCAAGCGCAAGUUUCAAAUCCCUUCUCCCAAAUAA